CUCGAUUUGAAUUUAGUGAAAACCCUGAUGCAAAGCAUGUGAAACCUUUCUACAAAAGUGUAUCUAUUUUACUUAUAUCUCACUGUAUACACGUCGAUUGUACCCAAAAAGCGGAGAUUGUUUGAAAGUCUAGAGUGUAAUUUGGAAUUUUCUUUAAUUAUAAAAAACAAUAUGGCCGAAACAAAUGGAACCACAGAAGUGACAGAUGUCCAGAAGAAGAUUAUAAAACAAAUUGAGUACUAUUUUGGUGACAUCAAUCUUUCCAAGGAUAGAUUCAUGCAACAGGAAAUCAAGACAGAUGAGGGAUGGAUCCCCCUUGAAACCAUGCUGAAGUUUAACAGGUUAUCACAACUAUCUGAAGGAGCAGAAGUCAUAACUGAGGCUAUCAAAAAAUCAACAUCUGGAUUGAUGGAGGUGAGCGAAGAUGGUAAAAAGAUCAGAAGAUCUCCAGACAAACCUCUACCAGCCAAUACUAUGGAGCGCAAAGAAGAACUCAAGAAGAGAACAGUAUAUUGUAAAGGAUUCUCUCUUGACGCUACACUGGAUGCAAUUCAGGAAAAGCUAGAACAAUUUGGCAAAGUAGAGUCAGUUCAGUUAAGACGGGCUAAAGACAAGACCUUCAAGGGCUCAGUUUUUGCAAUAUACGCACAGGCAGAAGAUGCCAAAAAAUUCUUGGAGGCUGAAGAUCUCAAACUAGGAGGAGAAAUAGAUGUAGUAAAGUCCACAAAAGAUGAUUAUUUCAAGAGGAAAAUUAGGGACAAGAAAGUGAAGACUGAAUCUGAAGCAAAUAGCAAACGAGAGUUAAAAGAAAAAGAAGUCGAGGAACGAGAAAAGCAAAUGGAAGAAAUGAUGGUAAAGGGGGCGUUGUUACGAGUAAAUGGCUUCACAGGAACUACUCCUCGAGAUGACAUCAAGGCCUUUUUCAAUGAUCACAGUACUGUAUGCUGGGUAGACUUCGAAAAAGACGAAGGAGAGGCAAUCAUAAGGUUCGAAGAGGAGGGUGCCGCCAAUGCUGUGUGGAGCACACUGUCCAAAGACUGUGAAGACAACAAGGUUGAUAUUUCUGGAUGUAAAAUAGAGGGUGCUGUAUUAGAAGGUGAUGACGAGAUAUCCCACUGGAAGAAGGUCUUUGCAGCCAGGGCAGAUGCUCAAGCUCGUAAGAAGCAGGGUAGAAGGAAUCAGAGGGACAGGCGCGGGAACUUCCAGCGUGGUGGAAAACGAGAUAGGGGCGGUAGAGGCAGAGAUAGGGAUAGGGAUGAUGCACCUCAGGCAAAAAAGACAAAGUUUGAUGAUGAAGAUACAGGAGAUAAUACAAAAACCACAGAAGCUAAGGCAGAAACAAAAACAGAAGAUAAAACAGAAACCCAGAGUUAAUACUAAUGGACUGUUAAAACAGUGUUAAUUCCAUCACAUUCAAUGUUUAUAUCAUGGGACUUGCAAUUAUCCAAUUGGAACAUAAGAUUGGAAAAUACCUGAGAAUUCUGGGAGUGCAACACCUACUGUAGGGCAAUAGGACAAUAUCUCUUUGUUUUUCGUUUAGUGACUCACUCAAUGCAGAAUGCUGUAUUUUUUCAACAACGUGGGACGUUGAGUUCAAUUCCAUUGUUUGAACACCAAUAUUUGUUUUUAUAAUAUGAUUAUUGUCACUAUGAACUGUACACAAUCCACACAGAUCGUUUACAUUAAAAUAAACAAAACGGUUAUAACCUCAAGUUAUUAAUUAUUGAAUCUGUAAUACGCCUCGUGUUACCUCGUACCCCUGCUGUAUAUAAUAUCAUACAUACGUACAUAUAGUGAUGAUUAGGUGAUAAUACUUUUAAAUCAUUUUCCCAUUAUCCAAUUAUCACCUUGUACAGUCAUUGCUAAAAGUCUUGUACUAAGUAUUUAAACAAACACACAGUGUAGUGAUGGAUUUUGCAUAGGAUGAGUAAAAUGGCAAGCAUGCCCAAAACCUUUACAGAUCUAGAGACUGGAACUUUUUAGGUUCAAACCCUACUGAUUUUCUAUUUAUUUAAAGAGGUCCGAUGAGCUUCCGUAUAAAAACAAUAUGGCGGCU